GGAAACAGGAAAUGAUGAAACAGGUCAUGGCUAAUGCUCCUCUGUUUGAAAUGUUUGAAUGCGAGCGAGUGUAGAAGUUUAGCAAUUAUUACUGUUAUACACCAGAAUUAAAGUACUUACGGACCAGGAGCAACGCCAAUAAGCGCAAUGUCUGCUUCACUCCCUCAGAAGGUUCUUGGUCCGGGUAUGCCUGGCAUGCCCCCUCAGCAGCAGCAGCAGCCGCAGACACACAUGCCUCCUGGCCUCGCGCAGCCUGGGAUGCCCCCACAAGGUGCCCUACGGGAAAUCUCUCCCGUUUACCUGUGCCGCAUCGGUCAGGAGACUGUCCAGGACAUCGUCACACGCACUAUGGAGAUCUUCCAGAUCACACGGGCCACUCAGCUUCCCAACGGUGUGACACAGAGUCAGGCAGCGUAUCAGGACCGCUUUGGGAAGCUGCAGGAGCAUCUGCGUCAGCUGACACUGCUCUUCCGUAAGCUGCGUCUGCUGUAUGAACGCUGUGUGGAAAUGACACCUGACCUCCAGGAGUCUCCAGCUGAGCUGAUUCCUUAUGUGGGAGAAGAGACGACACCUGUGAGAGUGGAGCCGUGCAGCCCAGCGGUUAUUCAGGAGAGACAGGAGGUUCUAGAGAAAGUGAGGCAGAAGAACCAGGAGAUGAAGAUGCUAAUGGACCAGAUGAGGAACCUCCUGUGGGACGUCAAUGCCAUGCUCACCAUGCGAAAAUGACAGCGGUAUGCUUCCUAGUAAACAUCUGACCAUCUUCCGUGAACCCUCAUCUACGGUCUUCUCACUCUCACACAGAUAGCAGUGGAUGGCAGACUGCCUUUCAUUCAAUACUCUUGCAAAUGCCACAUAAUAUAUCAUCUUGACAAAUGGGAUCAGACUCGGCAGCUCUUUGUGGUCCUGCCUCAUUUGCAGUGUUAAAUCACAAUGCUCUGAUUAAUAACCGCUUCAUCAAAGCGCUGAAUUAGCAUCAGAAACAGGAAAUAAUGUGAAAGCCAUGUUGAUAAUGUAAGCUAGCCAUGUUGUUGGCAUGAUAAAUGAGCACUGAGGACUGAGCUUUGUAAAUAACUGCGCUUACACUAUGGUCUUCUGUGCAUUGAACUGUGUGAUGUGUUUCACACUCUUGCUCCUCAGCAAAUAUGUACUCGGGUAGAGUGUGUGUUUCCCUGAGCUCUGCAUUACACGCCUGAUAAUCUGCCUUCUGGGGGAACGAUCGUCUAAAAAGAAGCUAAUGAAUUGUAGAAUGAUA